AUGCGGUCUAGUAUCGCUUGCGCACGAUGCCGGCGCAGCAAGAUUAAGUGCGUCAAUUCCGGCAUCGACACCGUAUGUCGUGCCUGCGAUACAUCCAACCGCGAAUGUGUCUACCCAACACCGGCAAUAGGAGUGAGCGGCGCCAAACGAGACUUGGCGGCCCUGGCAGAGGGUGAGGAUCGAAAUGGGGACUGGGAUGGUCCAAAACGACAUCGUUCCCGCAAGGUGGUGGGCAUCUCUGGCUCAGCGGGUUCCAAAGUGGGCGUGGAUGCGCUAGAUUCUUCAAUACUUACCACCAAAGUUUGGGAGGCUGUCUUUGACCUCUUCCAGUCGCAUUUCGCGACCCUUCUGCCGUUCCUACAUCCCGCGACCUUUCUCGGCCAAAUCCGACAACUUUCAUCUCCGGCUCCACCCGCAACUCUCGACGGUCAAGAUCCACGCAUUUCCGCACCAAAAACCGACCCAUCUUCUUCGCUGAUUCCUUUGGGUGUCCUCGCCCUGACGGCCCGCUUUCAUGCGCCGCUAGCGGCGGCCCAUUCACCAGCCUCGCCCGGUCAUCCUUCAAAUCCCCUAGCUGCAUCUGAAUACUAUGCGGCUGCCCUCCGUAGCCGGCUGGCCGGCUUGGAUGGUAUCAGCCUCGCUCAACCCGAUCUGGCGCGUGUGCAGGCACUUUUAAUGCUUGCUUUGCACGAAUGGGGCAUGUGCCGCGGCAAGAGCGCCUGGGUCUACGUGGGCAUGGCUAUAAGAUUGGCACAGGCCAUGGGCCUGUCUUUCGAGCUUGAGAACGAGUUCCCAGCCCGAGAUCCUUCCCGCUCAUCCCCCGGUUUCAAGGCCGAGGUAGAUCACUUCGGUUUGCCGAGACGGGUCGAGCCCAGGGAACCUACCUCAGACGAUAUCAUCGCACAAGAAACCAAGCGCCGGACCUUCUGGGCCUGUUUCAUCCUCGAUCGAUGCCUCAGCAGUGGGAAGUAUCGGCCCCGGAUGGUCCGAGUAAAAGACCUCGGAAUUCAGCUUCCGAGUGAUAAUGCUUUUGCUUUCGGCGAGCGGGUACGAACGGCCCGACUCACGGAGCCGGCCGUGCGGCGGCCACAGAGCUUCGGCUCCCAAAGCAUGCAGAUUCCUAGUAUCCGUCAAAGCAUUGGAGGAUUCGGUGAUGAAAAGCUACCUGGUCCUAACAGCACCCCCGACAACAAGCCCUGGUCACCUAUCUCGCGUCGCAAGGACUCGAGUGAGGAAGAAGUCGAUAGAUGGGAAGUUGGCGCAGAAGAGUCCGUACUCAGCCGUGUCAUUCGAAUCACCCGAAUUUGGGGAAGCAUUGCCAAAUGGUCUUGCGCUGGUGGUCGUCGGAUCGAGCAGUACCCCCCAUGGCACCCGGAGUCUCGCUUCUCUUCCCUCCGUCAACAGUUGACCGAGUUCCAAGAUAGCCUUUCUCGCAAUCUGCAAUAUUCCCUGCGAAACACUGACACUCAUAUCAUGUACAAGACCACAUUGGCCUCAUAUACUGUGAUGCAUGUUGUCUACUUCCUCUCUGUCAUUGUUCUCCACCGUGCUUAUAUCCCAUUCUUGCCGCUGCGCUGCAAUGAGCCCGUUGGACCGUUGGAUGAGCCAUUGUUCCCUAAUGAAAAGUCCAGCGGCGCGCCAGAUGGGUUUUGGCGUGACAGUGCUCGUGAGCUUUUCAAGGCUGCGCGGCAGAUGAUCGACCUCGUCGCUACCUGCCAAUCUCGUGGCGCCCUUGUUGAAAACUCAUUGGUCGGAUUUGCUAUCUAUAAUGCCGCCUUCAUUGGUGUAUAUGGCAAUCACUUCGCCCACAUGGAUCCCGAUGGGCUCAUGGGCGCCAAGCCACCUCCAGCAAGCCACGAUAGUCACCAGCUCGGCUCUGUACAAGCUCGCAAGGCUCUGGACAUCAUGCGGGAGAUGCGACCUCGCCUGAGGAUGGCUGUUGGUUGGUUCCGUACUCUCAACCGGCUUCACACUUACUUCUCCAAAAUCAAACGUGAUUUCCGCCGGGUUUCCCGAAACCGACUGGACAGCAUGUCAGAUGCUUCCGAGCACCCACCCAAUGGGAUCCGUUCUCUCCGUGAAGGUGGAGUUGGCGGCGGUCUUGAAGAGUUCAAAUUGCUUGAGAAACUCUUCCUCGACUUCGGAAGCAUCGAGGAUCAAUUGACAGAGCCUGGCAUGGACGAUGACGGCAUUGCCGUGGCAGCAGCUGGCGAGCCAAUGUACGAGCGCAACCUCAGCGACGCUGGGAGCAAUGCCGUUCGCAGUGAAACCGGUGAUCCCAGUGACCAAAUGCUUGACGGCGCCGGUGGUCGUCGUGAGUCAUGGGUCCCGGUCAACAGCCCCGGUAUGCCACUUUCUGGACAUGAAGGUGAUCGCCGACCCAGUCUGCCACUACCAAACAGCCGUCCUAUGCCAUCUGGGUCUCCUUACUCCCUUCCCUCUCUCCAGCAACACCAUCCAGAUGGUCCUAUCUACACCACCUCCUCCCCCAGCCUUCCAUCGUUAUCUGCGACAACUCAAUCUCCCUCCCAGUACUUGACGGCAACAAGCCAUCGCUUGAAUCCCAUCAACUCCUGGCUCCCUACCCGGCCUCAGGCCCCUCCUCCUCCAUAUUCCCAAUCUCUUCCUCCUAUCACCGCGGCCACACCACACGCCAUUCCCGUCCUCCCGCCACCCGGCAACGUCGCUCAGCUUGCGCCCUCUCCACCUCUGACCUCAACGGAGGGCCCAGACCCAAGCAUGCUCUCAACCAGUCUUGGCGGCGAUGAUGUCCUCGCCUUCCUAGAUGGGUGCGAAUGGUCCCAGCUGUCCAUGCUCGCACCCUCGGAAAUCGGCAUACCUGCCGGCUGGUUGAGUACUGUCUGGGGUCAAUUUGGCCGCUAG